CGGGAAAUCGAGACGAACGUAGCCCUUGCCGAACCUCGAAGGCCUCAAGAAAUGAGGAAGUAGAAGCCACCAAAAGGAAGCUAGGAUGAGUGAAAUCCCAAGCGAAUCCGAGAGACAUUAUGCUGCUUCGCUGCAGUAAUAACGAAGACAGGUGAUCCCGAGUCAACGAUUCACCCAACCUCCCAAACUUGCAGGAUCAUGUUUAAGUCUUGGCCAAGUGAAACGGAUGCCCACAACAUGUCCCAAAGGAAGGGAGAGAGUCGAGACCUGCAAGUUUAUAGCAGUAGCUCCUCCUUGCAAUCUACAGCAGUCUUCGAGAAAGAGCUAUCCAUCCAAGACGAUCAACAUCGUGCUGAAGCCUGCUGACAUUUUAUGCUCAUGAGCGUCUUUGAGUAUCAAGAUUCGUGAUGCUCCGUGAUGCUCGUCGUGAGCCAAACUCUGAGAGUCCAAGUUCUAGCAAAGGCAACGCGUCAUUACAUUUACAAGACAUUAGUUGGUGACCCUCGCUAAAAAAAGGGAAGAAACAGUUCGGAAGCUCGUGCUGGUCGAGGUAGCGAAGCGCACCUAGUACAAAAUAGGAGUGUGAUCAGUCGACGCCCUUACGGACUGUCAGCUUCCCUGUGGACCAGGUCUCGUUGGUCCAAGUAGUUGAUGUUCGUUGGAUAAUUUAGGAGGAGCCUGUACAGACAGUGCCGAAAGCGUGAUAUCCUCCUCCAGUCAUGUGCAUGCCACCAGAGGUUGACUCCAGAGUGCAGCUCCUUUCUACGACAGUUCUUGGGAACUAAAUACGAUUCCUUACUGCCGACAUGCGACCAUUCGGGAAAGGGGAGCAGUCCGAGCCUUCUGUUUGACACACGAAGUUGCUGCGAACGAAAGACCCGCAGCUGGUGAUGCUGAUGCUGCUUCUUCCGGUGAUGGGAACUGAGAAGAUGAGUUGUUCUGCUUUCCACCUGGAUGGUUGAUUUGCCGCUGCAGAGAGUUCUAUUCUUUAGCAGUCGUCGUAGCUUGGAGUGACAUUGGCUGAUUCUCGGUCUUGGAUCCGAUUGUCGAAGGCAGUCGAGUCGUGCGAGGGUGCGCUAGCUAGGUAGGGCUAUGAACCUCGAUGUCCGUGUUCUGCUCCGUCCGCAUUCGGUAGGAAGUCCGGGACUCAUGACCACCGAGGGACAGGUAUCACCCCCAUAUCCGAUGUGCAAUUCGAGGCCUGAACCAUGAAGGCCUGGCGCCAGUGAAACCCUCAACCCUCAACGCGUGAUCUCUGAUCUGUCACCAAUCCGUCCUGUUUCGUAGGUGUUUGUGGCUCAUUUCCUGCUCUGGCUGAAUCCUGGACAACCCAACAAAUCAGACCGAAAGGUUUCAAAUUGCUGAAACAACCCAGUGAUUACUCUUCUUCUGUCGUGCAGAUCUUUGCCAUAGCGUGAACGAUCUGUCACUAGCGUGCAAGCGUGCAAGGGACCGGGGACUGGAAAUUGGGACAGCCAGAGGAUCGUUAGAGGAUUGCAGAAGAGGGUUUUGAAACGCCACCAUGGCAAUGUCCAGAAUCGCUUUGCUGCCCAGCGUGACGGAGAAAGUGGCGGAUAAGAGCAUUAUGGAUGUGGGAGAUGAGAUUAAAAAAAUUGUCAAGGACCACGGCGGCACAUUUCUCAGAAUACAGCUGGUGGUAGUUCUGCCCAUCACGGCCUUGAUGAUGUUCUCCGACCACAUCUUCCAAAAUUUCGCCAUCUCGCAUCUGCCGGUCCCGACCCCUCACCCGCUGGCCGAUACUGAGAGCAUAGUCACCUUCACCUUCGGUCGCCUGUCUCCACCAGCGCAGAUGUUCAGGCACUUACUCCUCGCUUGCCAAACCUCGCAAGUGUUACAGACGCUGACAGCUGCGAUCGCCAUAGGAUGGCUCAACUUGUACAUGUCCCUGCACUGCAUAGCUGCGAAUAUUUACGCAGUUGUAAGCUUCCACAAUGGCAAGAACCUCGCCUUCAUGGAUGUCCUGCACGCCGUGCCUAAGCUGCGCAGCCGGCUCAUCGUGACGGGCUAUUGGGGCUAUCUCUUCACAUUUGCAGCCUCAUUGCCCCUUCUGCUGUACGACGUCAUGUCCUGGUCCAAAGUCCCGGCUUACGUCUUCGUAGUGUUCGGAAUUGUGAUCGCGGCUGUUUGUUUCGUGGUCAGCUUUUUCACCAGCCCCAUUUUUCAAGUGGCGAAUUGCAUCGCCUGUUGCGAGGAGAAGACAGGCCUUGCCUCGUUUCUCAGGUGUUUCAAUCUCUUCGACCGGACGUUGUUGCUCAAAGCCUCUUUCCCUCUGGAAUUGUUUCUCCGCGGAUUGGGGUCGGGUGCUUACACUGUCCUCGGAGGUAUCCGCAUGGGACCAAUGUCGUACGGUUUCACAGUCGUGGCCGAGUUGAUGAUUUACAGCCUGCUCACGCAGCUGUCCAUCGUGUGCUGGACUUUUGUUUACAUUUGGAGCAAGGAAUAUCGCGAGGAGAGCGUGGAUAUGAUAGUGUUUCCGGAUGAUCAGUUCAGGGGCCCGUUUCAGCGCAUUGGGACAGGCGGACAAUCGGCUCGGGAUGUGGAAAUCGGAGGCCUGGAGGGUUCCAACUGAGAGUUCGAUCGCUGACAGUUCUGAAGCAUCGAUAGAGAGAGUGGUGUCGGCUUGUAAAUCGAUGACAAGGAGGUCCAUUGAAGCAUCUGAGCUCACAACCGCUUCCGCCUCUCAGAAAUGUUCAGAGCAAUUUGAGUUUGUGGCUUGUGCAGCACGGAUUCAGCGUAGUUCAGAACUUAGUAGUCUGGCUUCUCAAAGAGGACUAUGAGUAUCUCUGACAAAUGCAAGGGUGCGUGCGGUUGAUGCAAGGUCUGUCAGGUGUAAAACAUUGUAGCGUUCGUGACCAAGGAAAGUAUAGGUUGUGAAAAUGUAUAUAAAUUAGAUACAUUCUUUGCUGACAAUCAAGCCGAACAGACUAUAACCCUUCAUUGAGCAUCGAAUGCUGUCUAUGGACACUGGGUUUGUUGGUUAUGCUCCUUCACCCCACACUUGUCACUCACCCAUGGACUUCUUAUACAGCAGGCAUUGCUUAAUGGACCGGUUGGCAUUAACUAGGUUUCGUUCUGGCAAAAUAGGUCAGAGGAUUUGACAUUUAUUUCUGUCAGAAAACCAUACACUGGGAUGUUUCUUGUCGAUUCAGGAACUCCGAGUAUGUCGAAGGAGAGUCAAGCAAACGAUCUGGUCAAAGAGCUUAUUGACACUGCAAAGUGUAGAACGAACUGGCUGUAAAAGACCUCAAACUAAGCAGUUCAAGGAUAGUAUCUAUCGAGACUUGAGCUUUCUGGGGGAACGAUCAGCGCGAUAGAGGGCUUAGGGACCAGAAUUUUCUUUCCUUUUUGUCAUAACUGUUGAUUAUUUAACCUGCAUAGCCUAGGCAUUGAGUUGAACAGAAAGGAACGAACGAGACUCAAUUCAGGGAUGAGUAGAGUUUGCUAGCAUCUUCUUUUUCUGCUUCAGAGCUCCGUACUUGCUCAGCUAUGGAUGUCAAGGACAGAAAACGGCAAAUUUGUAGAAAUUGUUUCACGACACUAAAACCCUAGAUUGACGCUGGUGCUCGUUCCACGUUUUGAGUAGCUUUUGUUAGAUCCUUGUAAACACUAUCAAUCAGCAUUAGCAUAGCACAGGCUACUAACCUGUCGAUUUCCGCUCUUUUAUAUGUACUUGUCCUCAAUGUCAUUGAGACAAUGUCAACUGUGGAGAAGCUUGACAACUGAACGUGUCCAGUAACCAGACAGUGGGUUUACAGUACAGUACUUCAGACUCGUCAAAUUUCUCAUGUUGAGAUGCCUGAAACCUCCAGGAUAUGAGAGUGCUGCGCUCAGAAUUUUACUUCCACGUCCCCUUG